AUGGACAGCAAGCCGCACAUCUGCCCGAUCUGCGGCGAGGACAAGAACCCGGCCACGGCCAGGAAGGUGGUGAGCACGGCCGCCAUCACGAGCGCGUCGGACAACAUGACCAUGGAGUCGCUCCCGCACCCGAGCGUGAAUAUAGUCACGAUCUACGCCGUGUCGCAGAGGCCGAUCAGGAAGGUGGAGGUGAGAAUAGACAUACCCCUGGCCAAGAUCAUAUUCGAGAAGAUGGAGAGCGGGCUGUUCCCGGACGCCCACCACGCGCGAGAUCAAGGAGGUGGGGUGCACCUGGUGGACGGGCUCGAGGAUGAACGCCAACGUAAAGGUGAGGAAGCGCUCGAAUAA